AUGGCAAGCUCCUCUACCUCAACUGCCUCACCCCUACCCCUCUCACGUGCCGCGAGCCGUUUCCUCGACCGUCAUGGGAACCCUAUGGUCAAUCUCGCUAGUUCCCCAGAUGAGCUUAUCUGCGCCCUUUCUGUCCAGCCUAAUAGCCCAAACGUUGACUGGGUCUGCAAUAGCUCUGGCCUAAAGGUUUAUAUGAUUCCUGGACAUACUGAUGGCGUUAUGGCACUCUUCGGUCAGCGUUUCGGUGUCCCUGCGCCUUUCGACCAGGGUUGUCAACACUGUCUUGCAGCACACGCAGUAUUUGAGCGUUGCUGUGUUGCGGUCGAUACGGAGGGCGUCCCCCUUUUCAACGGCGCAUUCGACUACCUGCCCCUUUUUGCCCAGAGUGUUUUUAUACGCGCAUACUUUGCUGAGAUCUACACACUGGAUAAUGGCAAGACCCGUGUCCGUUCCGUGACCAUAUGA